UAUUAUCAAGUCUUAAAUUUUGGAAUGAUUGUCUCCUCAGCACUAAUGAUCUGGAAAGGGUUAAUGGUAAUAACUGGAAGUGAAAGUCCAAUUGUAGUGGUGCUCAGUGGCAGCAUGGAACCUGCAUUUCAUAGAGGAGAUCUUCUCUUUCUAACAAAUCGAGUUGAAGAUCCCAUACGAGUGGGAGAAAUUGUUGUUUUUAGGAUAGAAGGAAGGGAGAUUCCUAUAGUUCACCGUGUCUUGAAAAUUCAUGAAAAGCAAAACGGACAUAUCAAGUUUUUGACCAAAGGAGAUAAUAAUGCAGUUGAUGACCGAGGCCUCUAUAAACAAGGACAACAUUGGCUAGAGAAAAAAGAUGUCGUGGGAAGAGCAAGGGGAUAUUGUCAGGAGAACAGAUCAGUGGAGGACAGGAAUUAUUUGUUCCUUACAUUGGAAUUGUGACGAUCCUUAUGAAUGACUAUCCUAAAUUUAAGUAUGCAGUCCUCUUUUUACUGGGCUUAUUUGUGCUGGUCCAUCGUGAGUAAGAAGUCUGCCUUGCAGUUCCUGGGAAGAUGCCAUACUUUUUGUUACUGGACGUUUGGAGUAGAUAUUGGUCUCUGAUUGGUGGGAUGGAGAACACACAUUCUGGCACUUCUUGGUAGCACUGGUUUGCAUUAGUUUAUGUUUCCACACCAGAGUAUGUGUGGGCGGGUGCAUGUGCACCUUGGAGUGCACUUGAGGGGACUUUCAAUCACAGAAUUUCAUAUGUCGUCAUCGUCACACUUUCACAUUUUUGUACAUCAGUGAAUUUUUUAUAUUAAAAGUUUGAGCCAAAGCCCCCAGUGUUUGUAUUUUGAAGCCAAGCUUCACUUCUAAAGUGCCUCCAGAGUUCUGUAAAUGAAAAUGCAGCUCUGCAUGAGUUUGAAGCCACCAUUCCCCCUUAUGAUGGGAAUGGCCUAUACUGAGAUGGUCACAAGUCUUAACUUUUCAGAAUUUUGAAUAAAAGACUUUACACAUUGAAUCCCUUA